AUGCCUGCUAACCAGUCUCCUGCGACUCUCGAUCCUUUUGUGGAUGUCAAAGGUCCUGAAAGGCAUCAGAUCGAUAGCCGUCGUACCCCAGUCUCUCUUUCAGAGCAUCCAGGCCAUGAGAAGAACUCUUUUCCAUUCGCUCACGCCGAAAUUUCGCCCAGGGAGCAGCCACUGACUAUGGUUCACAAAAAUGACGAAAACAUCCAAACUGGCGAUGUCUCCAAGGCGACUGACAAAUGGCGUGUAUCUACUCCGCUGGGAGGUGCUAGACCUACUCCAGACAGCCGCAGUUCAAUCCCUGUUGCCGUCCGUAGACGCAGCGUCACCGGAAUUAUCGACACAUUUGAGACCGAAUCGUCCAAAAGUCCUGUCAUUGGAGCCAAUUUCCCCUACAGAACUCAUGCCUUUGGAUCCCGUAUCCCAGUCACUAAGAGAAGCGUCUCCGAGUCUGAAGCUACCCAGGGAAGAACCAGGGAGCUUGUGCACCCGCUAUCUGACUCUUCAUCGUCGGUCGAGGACUGGGAUUUUGGCUCGGACGACGAAGUCAAGCCGGUGAGAACCAUCUUCACUGGUGAGUAUCGGACCCGUCCGCGUCUCUCCUCCGCGGCCAAAAUGACCAACGAUUCAGCCCGGUCUCCUUCAUCGAUCACUCAGAGAUCCAGUCCAGCCAGAAUCAGAUAUGUGGAUCUGCCUGAACCCAGCGGCGCAACAUCCCAACAACCAAUCCCGCAAAGCACUACACCGGUAUCCCAAAAUACACAGAGUAGCAGUGACAGCACUCCCAAACCGCGCAACUUUAGCCGGCCGCAGAUCACUUUCGAAAUGCUCACUAAGAAUCCCCAAACUAGUGCAAAAGGUACCUGCAAGCCAACUGAAGCCACCACUCCUCCCAGCACCGAACAGUCUACCUCCGUGGCUCCCAUCGCUACCAUCCCCGAGCAAAGCGUCUUCCGUCACAGCAGUGGCUCGUCGCCCAGCCCACACCCUCCACGCAAGUCAUCUCUCGGUGCGAUGACCAAUCUUCCCACGCUUGCAGAGCCAUCUAGUCCCCUCCCCGGCCCCAGCGAUACUGAAGCACGCAAGGUCACGUUCGACGACAUCGUGCCGGGGGGCCCUGAGCGGGCCAAGAGCCCCUCAAAAGGCAGUCGGGUCCUGGGUGGCUUCCGCAACAUGUUCAAGAUCAAGGGCAAGGAAGACAAAGUCUACCCUUCGGCCUCGGCACGCCAGAAUCCGCCGUCGGCGCCGUCGCCUGGUCGUGGGUCGGUGCGGUCUAUGGACACUCUCGUCCAACCCACCGGCGCCCCCGACCCCCGAAUCCGCAGGGUGCAAUCUGCGCUCACUUCCACUGGAAGCCCGCAGCACCCUCGGGCGUACCGUCGGUCUGGGAUGACGUUCUCUCCGGGAGGGCCCCGCUCGGUGAGGCCGGCCCAGGCCGACGGCAAAGGGGUUGAGGGCGCGCGAGCGUGCAUUUAUAAGGUGUGCGCUCGCGCCCGCGACGAGACGACGGCGGGCAGGAGGGAGCAAUUCCUCCAGUUAGCCUUGUCGCUCCAGCAGCAGCUGGGUGACUACCAGGCGGCAGAGCGGGAGGCGGCCGAAGCCGAAGGGCAGGCGAAGAAGAAGGAGGAGAAGAAGGAUGAGGCCGGCGCUGUUCUUCGCGAGCAGCUUGCCCAGGCCCACGCCCAGCUGAACCAGCAGUAA